AUCGAGUACUGUAUUGCUAGAAAGGAUGGGAAGAGAUGAGAAGCGCGGAGGAACCUGCUCUUCUUGAUCACUCAUGGGAGGAAUUUGGUGUGCAAAGUGGCUUUUGUGCUCUUUCCAGGGUAGAAGCAGGAGCUGGAAGAUUUUGACAGACAAAAUCACUGGGGAUGCCGGCAGGAAGUUGCAAGUGAAAUUGCUUUUAACAACCCACUUGGAUUUGCUUUACAAAUGCAGAGGAACAGAUACAAAGAGGAUGGCAAUAAAAGGACUCUGGACAGCUAAGAGUAACAAGCAACAUUGGAAAAGGAAAGCAAACUGAGCCAGAAAUCAAAAUAUUUUCCAUUUCCUUCAGAAAACCACAAAAUUCUCCUCCUGCAGCAGCGGUUAGACAAAAGAGAGAGAGAAAAAGAAAGAUUUCACACUAGAAUAAGUAGAUGAUUCAGAACUCAAGGAUACCUUACAUGAAAAGUGAAGGGAGAUUAUUUUUCAUUCAGUAAAAGAGGGAAAUAUGCGGAAGUCAGCUGGAAGAAAAGGUCAGUAGGAAAAUCCCGUAGAGCAGAGAGCCAUGCAGGCCUCGCCCUGUGAGGAAGAAAACGGCUUGAAUGAAAGCACCACUAAACAAGGGAUUGUCCAUAUUUUUUACCUCCUCAAAAAUAUCAGCUUGGAAAAGCUCUGUAGUUGUGUCUAUUGUUGGAAAAGCACAGGUAGUAAAUCACAGAUUAUGCAUGAUAGCAUCCACACUGGAGAAAAACAAUAAUUAUCCACAUGUAUUGAAAGCUUUAGUCACAACAGCUCCCUUGUGGUUCAUGGAAAGGCUCACAUCAGAGAGUAACCAGAGGACUCACACAGGAGAGAAAUCCUUUGAAUGUCCUGAUUAUGUGAAAGUUUCAUUAGAAAUUCCCAAGUCAUGAGACACCACAGGAGUCAAUACAGGAUAGAAACCCUCUGAAUGUCCUGACUGGGAAAAGUUUCAGUGAGAAUUCCAGUCUGGAGAUACAUCAGUGGAUUCCCUCCAGGGAUAAACUGUAUGAGUGUCCAAAUUGUGGGAAAAGAAAUUGCCACAUGAUGAGAAACCAGAGGACUCACACAGGAGAGAAAUCCUUUGAAUGUUGUCUUUGUGGGAAAUGUUUCAGUAAGAAUUCCCAUUUCAUGAGACACCAGAGGACUCACACAGGAGAGAACGUGUAUGAGUGCCCUGUUUGUGGCAAACGUUUCAAUCAGAAUUACAACCUCAUGAGACAUCAGAGGACUCACAGAGGAGAGAAACCCUUUGAAUGUCCUAUCUGUGGGAAAGGUUUCAGUCAGAAGUCCAGCCUAGUGACACAUCAGAAUACUCACAUAGGAGAGAAACCGUUUGAAUGUCCUGAUUGUUGGAAAAGUUUCAGUGAGAAAUUCAAGCUGGUGAUACACCAGAGGAGUCACACGGGAGAGAAACCAUACCAGUGUCUGGAUUGUGGGAAAAGUUUCACUCUCAAUUCCUCCCUGGUGAGACAUCAGAGGACUCACACAGGAGAGAAACCAUAUCAGUGUUCAGAUUGUGGGAAAUGUUUCAGACAGAAUUCCCACUUGGUGAUACACCAGAGGACUCACACAGGAGAGAAACCCUUUGAAUGUCCUGAUUGUGGGAAAAGUUUCAGUUAUAAUUCCAGCCUGGUGAUACAUCAGAGAACUCACACAGGAGAGAAACCCUUUGAAUGUCCUGAUUGUGGGAAAAGUUUCAUUCAGAAUUCCAGCCUGGUGGUACACCAAAGGACUCACACAGGAGAGAAACCCUUUGAAUGUCCUGACUGUGGGAAAAAAUUCAGUUUGAAAUCUACCCUGGUGAAACACCAGAGGAUUCACACAGGGGAGAAACCCUUUGAAUGUCCUGAUUGUGGGAAAAGUUUCAGUCAUAAUUCCUCUCUGGUGACACACCAGAGGAUUCACACAGGAGAGAAACCCUUUGAAUGUCCUGAUUGUGGGGAAAGUUUCAGUCAUAAGUCCACCCUCGUGAAUCACCAGAGUACUCACACAGGAGAGAAACCCUUUGAAUGUCCUGUCUGUGAGAAAAGUUUCAGUCAGAAGUCCAGCCUGGUGACACACCAGAAUACUCACACAGAGAGAAAUCCUUUGAAUGUCCUGAUUAUGGGAAAAGUUUCAGUUGUAAUUCCAGCCUGGUGAUACAUCAGAGAAUUCACACAGAGAAAUUGUAUCAGA